AUGAGUAAGCACUCCAACAGGAGUGGUACUUGCGGUUCUGUCUCAAGUGGUGGAACUGAAGUUCAGCAGAGGGGUCCGCAGAGCAGGAGUGGAGGUCUCAGUCUCGAUUGGCAGCAAGGUGGGAUCCAGGUUCAGGAGACAGCAGGCGUUCUGACAUUAAUCACGGAACGCCAUGCUGCCUCGUUCAUCUCCUUAAAUAGGGCCAGGAAGCCCAUGCCCCAUUACUAUCGCUACAUGUUGACUUUCAUUUUUGCCAUAGAUGAAAUAAACAGAAAUACUAAUAUUUUACCCAAUGUGACUCUGGGUUAUCAUGUGUUUGAUUCCUGUAAUGAUGUAAGUAAGGCUGUGGAUAGCAUACUACAGAUGUUAUCUGGCUCUGGUGACACAGUUCCUAACUAUUCCUGCCGAGAUCAUGACAAACUGGCUGGUGUUAUUGGAGAUCAAAGUUCAGAAAGUUCUCUACAGGUGUUUGAAAUCCUAAAAAUAUAUGGAUAUACCCAGAUCAGUUAUGGUGCAACAGAUUCUCUCCUAACCAAUAAGCACAUCUACCCAUCUUUCUUCCAAACACUCCCUAGUGACCAGACUCAGUAUCUGGCAAUUGCUAGGUUGAUGAAACAUUUUGGCUGGACAUGGAUUGGUGUUAUAACAUCCCAUGAUGAUGGCGGGAUACAACAGGAAAUGAAAGGAAAUCUCCUCAAAGUCUGGAGAAAUUCCAAUUGGACAUUUCUGAGACAAAGGAUUGUGCAUAAAGUGCCAAACAAGAAGAACCAGUGUGCGCCAAAGCCAACUGAUUUUCUUUCCUAUAGCAAUGAUCCAAUAGCACUCAUUGCCUUAAUCUUUUCUGUAACAUAUUUUGUUAAAACAUCAAUCAUCUUGAUUAUCUUCAUUGUAUACCGAGAUACUCCAGUUGUCAAAGCUAAUAAUCAAAGUCUGAGCUUCCUCAUACUGGUCUCCAUCAUGUUAAACUUCCUCAAUGUACUUUUGUUCAUAGACCGUCCUGUAAAUGCCACCUGCCUGCUGCGCCACACCUCAUACGCUAUCAUCUGCUCAGUGACUAUGUCCAGUAUUUUGGCCAAGACUAUCAUGGUCUAUCUAGCCUUCAAAGCCACCAAACCUGGAAGUUGCUGGGGGAAAUUUAUUCAAGCAAAAUGUAUCCACUGUGUUGUCUUUAUUUUUUCAUUUGUUCAGGUCUUAAUUAGCUUGAUUUGGUUAUCCAUUUUCCCUCCUUUUCCAGAAAUGAAUACCCACUUAUGUCUAGACAAAAUAAUCAUUCAGUGUAAUGAAGGUUCUAUUGUGGCAUUUUCCAUCCUCCUGGGUUACAUGGGGCUUCUAGCAGCUGUGAAUUUCAUUGUGGCUUUCCUGGCCAGAAAUUUACCAGAUAGUUUUAAUGAGGCCAAAUACAUCACCUUCAGCAUGCUGGUGCUCUGCAGCGUCUGGAUCGCUUUUAUCCCAGCUUAUAUGAGCGUUACAGGAAAGAACACUGUGCUUGUAGAGAUAUUUGCUAUCAUUUCCUCAAAUGUAGGAAUCUUUGCCUGCAUAUUUUUUCCCAAAUGUUAUAUUAUUCUGAUGAGACCAGAUUUAAAUACUAAAAAUGUUUUGCUAAGACAUGCUCACUGA